AUCCGACCGGUUACGAUGGACUAUAGAUACUAUCGACCCUCGACGCCCCCGCCCCCACACAUUUGGGGCGCAUUUCUCAUGGAGUCGUUCGCCACCGCAGCUUCGCCCAACCUCGCUUCCCCCCACCGCGAUUUCCCAAAAUCGCUUCCGCGCCCUCGUCCUCCUCUCUUCUUCUUCUUCCUUCGCCCUUACCAUCUCAGAAGGGGCGACGCGCGGGGAGGUCGGAUCGCCGCCGCGUCCUCGCCGAGCCCUUCCGAUGCGGCGGUGAGCGGAUCCUCGUCGCCAACGCCGGGUUCGUACGCGGCGGAGGCGUACGAACUCACCGCGGAGAGCGUGAACCGGGCCUUGGACGAGGUGCGCCCUUACCUCGUCGCCGAUGGGGGGAACGUCGACGUGGUCUCCGUCGAAGAUGGGGUUAUCUCCCUCGAGCUCCAAGGUGCAUGUGGAAGUUGCCCUAGUUCGACGACCACGAUGAAAAUGGGGAUCGAGAGGGUACUGAAGGAGAAGUUUGGAGACGCCGUCAAGGAUAUCCGCCAAGUUUUCGAUGAUGCACCGAUUGAAACGACUGCUCAGGCGAUAAACAACCAUUUGGAUAUACUGAGACCUGCGAUCCAAAACUAUGGUGGGAGUGUCGAAGUUAUUGCUGUGAAUAGCGGGGAUUGCCUGGUCAAGUACAUCGGGCCCGACUCCAUUGGUAGCGGGAUCAAAGCAGCUAUUAAGGAAAAAUUUCCGGACAUAGUUAAUGUUGUAUUUUACUAGCUUUUUGAGGCUUAAGAAAAUAAUGAAGUGAAAGAAGGAGAAGAGAUUUGUAGUUUUACUUUGUGUGAUGCUCUUAUUAUUUGUUUUUACAACUUGUUAGGCAAUGAGCUUUGAUGUACAUAAUAUAUGAUUAUUUUUGCUUCUGUGCCAACCUUUCCCUUUAUCUACAUGGUUA